CGGGCAGCAGCGCUGCCGCCGGAGGGACGGGGGGCGGCGGGGGGGCCCCCGCCAAUCGCGGCGGGCCGGCGGCAGGGAAACACUAUUAUGCUAAUGGUGUUUUGCUCGCACUCGCGGCGAGCGGGGUUUAAAAGGCAGCGGCCGGGGGCAGGGGCUCAAAGGCGGGAGGCAGGGCCGGUGUGAGCGCCAGCGGACGGGUCGUGAGGCGAGGCGAGGAGCGGAUCGGCGGGGGGGGCAUCCGCGCCUUCCCAGCCCGCCGCGUCCUGCCCGGCGGCGAUGUCCAACGUGCACCUCUCCGGGGCCGCCGCCCUGGAGCGCCUCUCUGCCCGGAGAGCCCUGGCCGGGAACGGCCGCAGCCCCGUCUGCAGAAGCCUCUUCGGACCGGUGGACCACGAGGAACUGGGCCGGGAGCUGCGGGAGCGCCUGCGGGAGAUGGGGGAGGACGACCAGCGCCGCUGGGACUACAACUUCCAGACCGACACGCCGCUGCCGGGGCCCGGCCGCCUACGUUGGGAGGAGGUGGAGGCCGGCGCCGUGCCCGCUUUCUACCGGGAGACUCUGCAGGUGGGACGGUGCCGCGUCCCCCUCCUCCAGGCGCCCCCUUCCCCGCCGCCACCCCCCGCCGCCGGGAAGGGGCCCGGGGGGCGCCUGAGCCGGGAGAACCGCGCCGCGCCCCGCCGCCGCGGCAUGCGGCCCCGCCGGAGGGGCCCGACGGCCCGCAUCACAGAUUUCUUCGCGAGGAGAAAAAGGCCGGCGGAGCCCAAGGCGGCGGCGGAGCGCCCAGCCGGCUGCCCGCCGCCCCCCGCCGCCGUGCCGGCUGAGCAGACCCCCCGCAAGCGGCUCCGGUGAGCCAGACUUUUGCACUACUGCACCCACGGGAGAGGCGUGCCGCCCCCGAAGGCGCGGCGCCCCGGAGGAACGGGGGCCGGGGCGGGCGGGGCGGCGAGCUGGGACCCCCCCGUGCCUGCCUGGACCGGGAGCGGGAGCUGGAGCCGGAGCGCCUGCCCACCGGCCGCGCACGGAGCAGUGUUAAAAGUACAGCUGUGCAAUGUAUGACGUUCUGUAUAGAAAUGUGUUAUGCCUAAUAUUGAGUACACUGGCCAGAAGUGUAAAGCUUUAAAAAGUCAUUUAUAAGAAAUGUUUAAUCUCUGCUGAGCU